AUGUCCUACUCCAGCGAGCCGUGCGGCGUGAGCUGCCCGCAGCCCGUGGCGCUGAGCUCCAACGAGCCGUGUGUGCAGCAGUGCCCCGAGUCGAGAGCCCUGAUCGUGCCCCCGCCCGUGGUGGUGACCAUCCCGGGGCCCGUGCUCAGCACCUGCCCCCAGGAGAGCGUCGUGGGAUCCUCCGGGGGCAACUUUGGGCUGGGGGGUUCUGGGGGCUCGCUGGCCUUGGGGGGCUCCUCUGGUUAUGGGGGCAACUUCGGGUCUGGAGGUUAUGGGGGUUCCUCUGGCUAUGGGGGCAACUUUGGGUUGGGAGGUUAUGGGGGCUUUGGGGGCUAUGGGGGUUCCCUUGGCUAUGGGGGCUCCCUUGGUGGCUAUGGGGGCUCCUCUGGGGGCUAUGGGGGCUCCUUUGGGGGCUAUGGGGGCUCCUUUGGCAAUUGCGGGCGCUCCUACAGCUCUGCGCUCUCCUCGCGGGGCCUGGGCUAUUUCCUGCCCGGCUUCCAGAGAUGGGGCAGGUCCCGCCGUGGGAGCUGUGGGGUUUGCUAA